CACAGUCUCACCAGUGCGCCUAACAUGAAGCGAAUGUACAGCCGACUCCAGCAAAUCAGCUUUAGGACGCAUUUGUUAAUAUCAGCGCUGCUGCGUCUACUACUUAUUUGUUAUGCCCAAUUUCAUGAUGCCAAAUCCGAAGUGCCCUACACAGACAUAGACUACAAAGUGGUAACCGAUGGCGCCCGUCAAGUUUUGGCUGGCGGCACUCCUUUUGCCAGACACACCUAUCGAUAUAGUCCCAUCUUGGCGUAUAUACAAAUACCCAAUGUGGUGCUGCAUGCGGCUUAUGGGAAGUUAAUAUAUGCUGCCUUUGAUCUGCUGCUGGCCGUGCUCAUACAUGCGCUGGUUCGUCAACAACUUCAGCUGCAGUUUGGCCACGCUGUGCAGUAUUUGCUGAGCAAGCAACACAAACUUUGCCUGGAGACACAAACCGAGAAGCAACGCAUCGAAACUCUAGCCUGCUGGGCGGCCUGCUGUUGGCUUUAUAAUCCACUGACGGCGGUGAUAUCAACACGUGGCAGCGGCGACAGUUUCUCCAGCUUUUUUGUAGUGCUCAGCAUUUAUUUGCUGCUCAAGGCUGAGCAAGAGGCGACGCAACCAUGUUGGAUUGUGUUUGGCGCUGGAUUGGCACAUGGCUUCGUUAUACAUCUGCGUCUCUAUCCGCUGCUUUUCAGCCUGGCCUACUAUCUCUGUCUAAGCACAAAGCUGGCUAAGAAUCCACGGGAACUGCUGCUGCGCUUUAUUCUUCCCAACAAACAGCAGCUGUGCCUGGUACUGGGCACCUUGUUGAGCCUAACCAUAUUUACCUGGAGCUUUUACUCGCUGUACGGCUGGCAGUAUAUCUACGAGGCGUAUAUUUAUCAUUUUGUGCGCAAGGAUGUGCGCCAUAACUUCUCUUUGCACUUUCUCUUACAAUAUUUGAGCAGCGAGCAGUCCACGCUGGUGAUGAAGCUACUCAUACUGGCACCACAAUUCCUGCUUAUAUUCUAUCUGAGCCUUAGCUUUGGCCAGUUUCGUCAGACCCUACCGUUCUGCGUGUUCAGUCUUGCGUUUGUUAUAGUCACCUACAACUCUGUGGUCACAUCCCAGUACUUUGUGUGGUAUCUGGCACUCUUGCCGCUCUGUUUAUGCAACUUUGAGCGUCUCUCGUUGAAGCGCUGCCUGUGCUACGUGUUGCUGUGGCUGAUUGGGCAAGGACUGUGGCUGCUGCCUGCUUACUUGCUGGAGUUUAAGACUUGGCAUACUUUUUACUGGAUUGGUCUUCAAAGUGCCGUAUUUUUUAUAAUCAAUAGCUAUAUACUGAAACAGCUAGUUUACAACUAUGGCUUUAAAUCCUUUAAGGUAAGAACUUCAAAAAAAAUUGAAUAAAAUAAAAUGUAC